AUGGACGCCAUUGCUGAUAAAGCGUUCACCACUGAGAAAGUCUCAAAGUCGUCGAGUGUGGAAUCACCCUCUCUUCUGGCUGUGAUACUAGACACCAACCCUGUUCAAUGGGAGCAAUUGGGUGAGAAGGAUGCUCUAAAGAGGGUCCUACGAUCUUUGCUGAUCGCCAUUAACUCCCACCUCGCUUUGAACAGUGCAAAUACCGUGGUUGUCAUUGCAUCACAUACUGAUGGGGCAAAAGUGAUCUUCCCAACAACGUCAGACGACGAACAUCAUCGCCAACAUCAGCAUCAACAUCAACACCACGGUCAAGGCCAACAACAGCAUUCUACUGAAAAGGAGCAAUCUCCAGAUUCCGUUUCUCGGUCCGCCACUCCGGCUUCAGAGGCGCGUUCUUCAAAUGGUAGAUCUUUCAUCAAGUCCCAGAUGUACAGACAGUUCAAGCUCGUCGACGACACUUUUAUACAGAACCUUGACUCUCUGCUAUCGUCAAUCCCCUCCACGAAGCCUCCAAAGAACAUGCUUUCGAGCUCUUUGUCAUUGGCACUUUCAUACAUAAACAAGGUGCAGCAGAAGGAUUCGCUGGUGAAAUCUCGUAUACUGAUUGUGAACACUUCGCCUGAUGAACACUUGAAGUACAUUCCAAUAAUGAACUGUAUAUUUGCUGCUCAAAAGAUGAAGAUCCCUAUCAACGUGUGUCAACUAUCUUCACAGGCAACGUUCUUGCAACAAGCUGCAGACGCUACGAACGGUGUUUAUCUAAACAUUGACAACUUAGAUGGUUUGGUGCAGUAUUUUGCCACCGCUUUCUUCAUCGACCCUUCAUUGCGAAACAUCGUCAUCAAACCGACAACAAGGGACAUCGACUUUAGAGCAUCAUGCUUCCAGACUGGGAAAGUUGUCGACAUUGGGUUUGUCUGCUCUGUAUGUCUUUGCAUUCUAAGUGAAAUACCAAAGGAUGAGAAAUGUCCAGCUUGUGAUUCAGAUUUUGAUCAUCAUGUCAUCAACAAGCUAAGACGUAAACCAGCAGUGCUGGGUAACAGAAAAAAGAAGAGGAAGAUCGACCCUGCUCAACAACAACAACAACAACAACAACAACGACAAGGUACUACAAGUGCAACACCAACUCCUGCUCCGUGA